AUGGCGGAGCAAUGGGAUCUGGACGAGGAGGGCCUCCGCCGCCUAGGGGCGCUGACCCUCGAGCAGCCGGAACUGGUGGAGUCUCUUUCAUUGCAGGGAUCUUAUGCUGGAAAAAUCCAUUCUAUUGGUGAUGCCUUCAGAAAUUUCAAAAGUCUCCGAUCUUUAGAUUUGUCAAGGAAUCUGAUCACUAGCCUAAAGGGUAUCCAGUAUUUAUGUUCACUCCAAGAUCUGAAUUUAUAUUAUAACAACAUUCCUUCCUUAGUGGAGGUGUCCCGACUACAGCCUUUACCCUUCCUCAAAGAACUAGAUUUGAGACUCAAUCCUGUUGUAAGGAAAGAUACAGAUUAUAGGCUUUUUGCUGUGUACACGCUGCAAACUCUGGAAAAACUAGAUGACCGAACGGUCCGUGAUAGUGAGAGGAAAGCGGCCAAACUACAUUUUAGUCAGUUGGGCAACAGUGAAAAUUUUCUUUUGGAGGUGGAAAAAAGGGAGAAGACACUGAAAAACUGUGUGACAGAUGAGGGCUCUGCAUCAAAAGUCAAUCCUGAGAUUGACACCAGGAUGGAAACAGACUCAAACAAAGGAUUUUUUAUUCCCUUCCAUAACCGAGAAAUAAAGGAUUCCCUAAGCAGAACUUCUGCAACCCAAGGCAGUGCCACACCAGCUCAGAAAAUAGAUGUUUUUCCACUGGGGACACAGAUGCAAGAAACAAGAAGGGAAACAAGCGACCCCCACCAGGAAGGCGAAUUCAGACACUACUCGCCUCGUCAGUCCACAGUCCGAUCUCCAGAGAAGAUGACUAGAGAUGGAUACCGAAUAUCUUUUUUAGACACCAAGUCUUCAGGUUCUUCUCCAGAAAAAAGCUUGAUACCAAAACCUGACGCAUAUCCAUGUACCCAUGACGUCGGGUUGAGUAAAUGCCUGGAUGUGGGGGAUUCUACCCAGAUCCUUCCCUGUCAAUUACCUCCUGAUGUUUGCCUGGACCAAUAUGAUAAUCAUUAUUCUCAAACUCUUCUCCUGCAUGGGAGUCUUGUCAAAAGGCCUCAAAAAAACAAGAACUACCAAGACUAUAGCAUAAAACCUUCACAUGACGUGAAGGCGACCUCAUCCCAUCCCUGUGGAGACUUACUAACAUCUCUGUCCAACCCCGACUCCAGCACAGAAAGGCUUCUGAAGCUUAGUUCAGAUCUCUAUGCAACAACCCAUUUCAACAGCGACCCUGCUCUGCUGGCCAGUGUGGAACAACAGCUAUCCAGCAGCCUCAGGGAGUUUGCACCAGUACCUGGUUCCUUCCCAAGCAACCCUGUCCUGGGAAACUCUAUGCGGACACUGCUGUUGCCUCCUGGGACUCCAGAAAAAAGGGAGAUUCCAACUAACAGGUCAUUUAGCCCGUCAAGGAGAGGAUUCAAGCGGAAGGACAACGUCGUCGCCAGCCUGAACCUGAAGCGAGGUUUCCAAGAUGCCGCAGGCAGCGAGGUGCAACCUCUCUCUAGUGACCUGGGCAGUUUGCAUGGUUUACCAGGAAACCAUAGUCCCCCGAUCUCUGCCAGAACCCCCCAUGUGGCCACUGUCCUCAGGCAGCUGCUAGAGCUGGUGGAUAAAUACUGGAAUGGCUCUGGCUCCCUCAUCCUCAACAAGAAGUUUCUUGGUCCUGCCAGAGAUUUGCUUCUGUCUUUGGUCGUGCCUGCACCUCCUCAGCAGUGGUACUGCGCACAGCUUGAAGACAAGGCAGGGAAAGCCUAUCACCGGAGGGAGAGUGAGCUAAAGGAAGCAGGGCUGCUGGUUCCUCAUGACGUGGAAAGUUUGAAGCAAAAAUUGGUCAAAGUGCUGGAGGAAAACCUUAUUCUGUCAGAAAAAAUUCAGCAGUUGGAGGGAGCUGCUGCCACCUCAAUUUCGAGUGGGCACCCAUCUCAAACACACGAUGACCUUCUGCGCAAAAACCAACAGCUGACCACACAGGUGGCUUGCCUGAACCAGGAGCUGACUCAGCUGAAAAGGCUGGAGGAGACGGUUGCUCUUCUCCAUGAGAGUCAGAGGUCCCUGGUGGUAACUAAUGAGUACCUGCUGCAGCAGCUGAAUAAAGAGCAAAAAGGUUAUUCCGGGAAAUCGCUCCUGCCUCCCGAGAAAAGUCAUCCUUUGGGGAGAUCGUCGCCCUUCGGGAAAAGCACGCUGUCUUCCUCCUCACCAAUGGCACAGGACACGGGUCAGUAUCUCAUACAGAGUGUCUCAGAAGCUGACCCCGAGCCUAGUUUGUGGAGCUAGUAGCCCAGAGCUUCACCACAGCCCCUUCUUACCCAUGGAGGGUUCUCAGUGCUAUUGUCAUGGUAUUGGGUAGUGGUGUUUACCUCCAAAGAUUAAGAAAAAACUUAUUGUGAUUACUUUAUAUUGUCCCUCUUUUAUUUUUCCAUUUAUUUCCUCCCAUUUGAUCAUUGUUUCCUCCCGCCCACACAAAUUGUUGGCACUUAGUCUCAGGCACCAUUUCACACAGAAACAUUUGAUUGAAAAUGUC